UGAAAACAAAGAAUAAGUAGCUAGACUCUAACCUACUUUUCUAGAGCCUCAAGUUAUAAAUAUAACACUAAUAUAUACUACACAAUCCAUCAUCUAUCUAUACAAAAAAUGCUAGAACGUACCAAUAGUAGUAGGAGAAUUAUAGAGAUGGAAAUGGAAUCAUCAUCAAACGUUAGAGAAAAUACAUCAUAUAAUGUUGAGGAUUGUAAGUACAAGCGAAGACACAAGAGAAAAAAGAAAAUAUGUAUGUUUAUUCUAUGUGCCUAUAUGCUUGUUAUUAUAACCUAUACUAUCUUGAAUUUCACUGUUUUUAAGCCCAAACGCCCUACAAUCACCCUCAAUUCCAUCACUCUCGAGGACCUGGCCGUGUCUGUCGACGCGGCCAGGUUCAAGGUCAACUUCAACGUCACCAUGAAUGGAAGUGUCUCUAUUGAGAACCCUAACAGGGUUAGUUUUCAAUACGAAGACAUCAACCCUUAUAUUGAAUAUGGAGGCCAAGAAAUCGGAGAUGUUCACAUCCCGGCGGGGAACAUCGGGGCACGGACCACGACAACGAUGAAUUUCACGUUGAUGAUUAUGGCGGAUAAGAUUUCGUCGAAUCCUAAUUUAUUUUCUGACGUAGUUGAAAAGGGGAUGUUGCAAUUAACUCUUUACGUGAAAUUGAAGGGCAAAGUAAAACUAAAUGUGUUGUUUAAAAUCAAGUUCAAAGUUUCCUCUAAAUGUGAUUUGUCCUUGGAUAUACGCAAUGGAACUCUUGCUAACCAAUCUUGUCACUCUAAGAUUAAGUUAUAGGUGGAAUGUACGGGAGACAUAUUUAGAAUUUGAAAUUUAUAAGUUUUGAAUUUUAACGUUGUUAUGGGUUCUUUAUUUUUAUUAAAUGAAUACAUGAGUUAGGUUAAAGCUAUAUGCCCCCAAAAUUCUACAAUUAGGGGCAAGGUUGGCUUCAAGAUACAGUUCAAUAGAAUUCAGUAUAACUUUAGCCUAAAUUAGGUAUAUAUAUUGAAAAUUUUAUCAAAUACGUAUAAGAAUUGAAUUUAGGAUUCAAAUGAUGUAUAAAUAUGUUUGAGGUCCGUGUUUUAUUUCAAAUUUUGAAUCUGUCAAUAUCAUCAAUACAAACAAAAAAGAAUGCCUUAUUAAACAUCACAAUUAAAGUAGGAAGACAAUCCCUUUCAUCAUGUUUUAACUAUCGUGCUUAAUAAAAAUAAUUGAUUCAACCUAAAUUAUAAUUUUAAUUAUUUAUUUUCAUCUUUAUUUCUUUGAAUAAAUAAGCAAAGAGAUUAAUAUGAUAAUAUUAAAUUGAAUAAUAAAAAUUAGCUAAUUAAAUUAUUAUUUUUAAAACGUGUAACAUAGAAAAAUAUCCUAAAUUCUUACCAACUAUUUUGAUCAAUUUUCCCCCCCUAAAUGAAUAAUGAAAUGUCAAAUGAUUCCAAGAAAAGCAUAUGCUUGUUAUUUUGGCAUUGGUGCACGCCAUCGAAGAAUUCAAAGGUAAUUACAUUGAUAAGGUCAAUCGCUGACUUACUCCUUUCUUAGUAUUUUUCAAAGGUUAGGACCCAAAAAAAAAAAACACUUCUAGGAGACUACGACUAUAAGCCACCCCUCACCCACCUUGUUACCUAUAAUAAGAAAAAUAAUAUCGAUUUAUUUUUAUUUGUCAUAUUUGAACUCAAUAGAUUAUUAAAUAAUUAUUGAUUAAUAUAACUAUUUUAUCGCACUAUGUUUAUUAAUUAAUGUACGUUUAGUAUUAGUUAUGUCUUAUACUUGUCAUGUUUGAAUUACAUUAAAAGAGAUUGAAUCUUGCCGUCGUAUAUUAAAAGAAAUGUUAAAUGUAUCAAAACGUCCUUUGAUUUUAUAUUUUUAAACAUAUCAUGUGAAAAGUUGAAGUUAAUCAACAAUAAUAUACCCCAUGAAAUCUCAUAAAGUGGAGUUUGACGAGGAUAAAAUGUACGCAGACCUUACCACUACCUCGAGGAGUAGAAAAACUAUUUCCAAAAUUAAAGUGCAUCGAAUCCAAGUAAAAUACAAAGAAAGUAAUUAAGAAAGCAUAACCAUUAAUAAGAAAAGUAGGAUAUAAUCUAAAAGAAAGAAACAAACAAUAACAAUCAAAAAGAUAGAGUGGUAAUUGAAAGCACAGUACGCAACAUACAACAAGAACUACAAAAGUACGAUAAGUAUUAUGACAUGCACCAACAAGCCAAAAUCAACCACGACAUGACAACCCUCCACCCUAACUAACCAUCUAUCAUAAUACGCAACCUUCGCUCUUUCCUAUCUAAACUCAUGUUCUCAGAAAUAUGAAGUUGUAUCAUGUUUUGUUUAAUCCCCUCAUCUCAAUUUUUCUUCGGCCUACCUCUACCCUCUAAGUACCCGUACAACUAGCCUCUCACACCUCUUCUCUAGGGUGUUAACACACCUCCUUUACACAUGCCCAAACCAUCUCAACCUCACUUCCCUCAUCUUUUCAUCACAUAUGCCACUCCCACUUCUCUCGGAUAACCUUAUUCCUCAUCUUUUCACUCCUAAUAUAAAUAUUCCGACACAUCCAUCUUAACAUCACCAUCUCCACCAGCGAUGGAGCUAGAAAUUUUCUAAAGGGUGUCCAAAAAUAGCAACUUGUUAUUUUAAGGGUGUCCAAAAUAGGUUAUUUAAUCAUUUUGUGUAUCAUUUUACUUGUAUACAUGCUAUUUUUUCCCGACGAAUUGGACACCCUUCACAUAAUGUGGCUACGCCACUGAUCUCCACAACAUGCAUCUUCUAAACAUGUGAGUUCUUGACUGGCCAACAUUCCACUCCAUACAACAAGGACGGUCUAACCACCACUUUGUAAAACUUACCUUCAAGUUUAGGUGUUACCUUCUUAUGACACAAGACUCCAGAGGCAAGUCUCAACUUCAUCCAUGUCGCUAUAUCUCGAAGUGUUAUAUGUUCAAUUUUUUUGUUUUAUGAUUUUGAUUAAAUCGAUCAUGCACUAAGUUAUAUAUAUUAAAAUUAUUAUCUUACUCCUAGUUAUAUAACCAUGCCUUAAAUAUUUUACCAACCUUAUUCUCUAAAUUUUAGUAUUAUUUUCAACCGUAAGAAACAUGAACUAGCCUCUCUUCAAUAUAUUACAAACACCUUUUCUAUUUCUUGGGAAAUGAGAAACCAUGAAGUUUGUAGUUUUGAUGGAUGACAAAGAAUUGAAGGUUUUGGAAAUCUGUUAACUAGAGUGUUUGAUGCAUUUGAGUUACCAAAGGGUGGGUUUAUUUUAACUCAUGCAGAUAUGUUCAGUCAAACCAUUCUUGCUGAGUGUGGAAUUCCCAUGGAGUCGGAGCAGGUUGCAAAUGCUUCUCCACGUACAUCUGGUCCUGUUGCUCAGUUACUCAGGGAACUCAAAGUAGCUGAAGAAAGUAUGCCACUCUUGAGUCAGAAAAUCAAAAGUUACGUGCUGAACUUGACACUUCAAAUGCUGAAAUUCACAGGUUGAAGGGUCAGUUAGUGCAGCAACAACUUGCUAACAAUGCAAGAGUUGACAGAGUUCUGGAUAUGCUGGCUUCUGCUUCAACUAAGCCUGGUCAACCUUCACAUUGAAAAAGCAUCUUCUUUGAACCUGGUUCUCUUAGUUGUUUAAACUUAUUAUGCUCAACUGGCUGAUCUUAUAUUGUUGCUAUGGAUGUUGAUUGUGUUUGUUUAGCCGCUGUUGGAUUCUUUUUGCUGCGUCAAAAGGGGGAAGAGUAUUUGCGCAUGCAUCACACAGAAAGAUUUGUUUGUCUUCAUCAAAAAGGGGGAAUAUGAUAGAAUAUGAUGGAACCGAUAAUUCAUGUUUUGAUGAUAGACAAGAAGCAUAAAUAAUCAAUAGCAAAUGUACGCAGCAAAAGAAGCUAAGAUCGAGUAAAAUGGGUCAGGCAAGUAAUCAAGAAAAUAGAGUUAUUUGUCAAAGCCAAAAAUAAUAUAUUAAAGGUAUAAGUUGAUACAAAUACGAAAAACCUUAAAUAUAUUAUUAAGGAAGGAAGUUGUAUAUAAUAAGGAUUGUACUUUAAAAGGGAAUCCUUGUUUAAUAAUAACUUCCUUACCUUAUCUGAUAAGGACUGAAGGCAAAAGGAACUCUAUAAGAAGAAGAAGACGCUGAUGAAGAAAACGACGACUUCACGUAGAGAACAAGAGAGAAUUAUUCAUCAAACUGAGGUCUUCAAGAUUGAUAGGAUUGCUACGGUCAAAACAUUCUUGAGUGAGAAGGUUUUUAUCGCGUAGAACUAUUUGUCUUGUUUUUGUUUUGAUUAUAAGUUACAGUUUAUUGUAUAAAGGGUGGGUUUGGCUCUUUGUAGGGUUGGGUGUUAGCAAGAGUUGUAACAAAAGGUGGGUUUGGCCUUUUGGAGAGAUCGAUUGGAGUCAAUCGAGGGAGUAGUAGAGAUAAGACUUUUGAUUAUUGAGUUGUAAUCACAAAAUCUUAUAGUUGAAUUAAUAAAACGAGGUUUUUCCUUCCUUGAGUGAGGAAGGUUUUUAAUUCAAUAAGUGUUUGUGUCUUUACUCUGUCUUUACUUAAAAUCAACUUACACGAACCUGGUUCGUGUUCUGGGGUUAGUUUUCUACAAUUGGUAUCAGAGCAGGUCUUUUCGUUAAAAGAUUCACACCUUGAAAAGACUCAAUGGCAGCAUCAUCUACCCCACAAGAGGGAGCUUCACAAACACGACCACCACUGUUCAAUGGCAAAUAUUAUGGAUGGUGGAAAAAUCGUAUGAUGAACCAUCUUAUUGGCGAAAACCCUGAUCUAUGGGGAGUAAUUCUAGAUGGCCCAACCAUACCUAUGAAAACCGCAACUGAUGGAAUCACCAAAAUCCCAAAGGAAAGAAAAGAAUGGAAUGUUAAAGACAAGCUUGCAAUGCAAAACAAUGCCAAAGCCAAGAAAAUUCUGAUAUGUGGCAUAGGACCAGAUGAAUACAAUCGAAUCUAGUCAUGUCAAGAUGCCAAAGCCAUAUGGGAAACACUGCAAACAGCUCAUGAGGGAACAACGCAAGUCAAGAAGUCUAAAAUUGAUAACUUGAACAGGCAAUAUGAGCUGUUCAGGAUGGCAGAAGGAGAGACUAUUCAAGACAUGCACACCAGGUUCACCUCCAUCAUCAAUGAGAUGUACUCUUUAGGAGAGAUAGUGCCUAACGGAAAAGCAGUAAGGAAACUCUUGAGUGUCCUUCCUGAAACUUGGGAAAGCAAAGUCGAGGCUAUCAUUGAAGCCCGCGACCUAGACUCACUGGGAAUGGAUGAGUUAAUUGGUAAUCUCAUCACAUACGAACUUAAGAAAAACCAAGAAAAGGAAAUUGGAGGAAAAAGAAAGGAAAGGAACCUGGUUCUAAAGGCUACUGCAUCAGAUUAUUUUGAAGAUGAAAAUAUUGCCCUCAUAACUAAAAGGUUCACUAGAAUGCUAAAAAGAGGGUAGACCUUUCAAAAGAAAGCUUUUCAAAAACCAUCUGAAAACACUAAAGACCAGGUUUGUCAUAAGUGUGGGAGUCCAGAUCACUUCAUCAAAUUCUGUCCACUUUGGGCCUUAGAGCAGAAAAAGGCAAACUUUGAGAAGGGCAAAGACAUCAAAAAGGAUAAAUCUGUCCCCUCAAACAGAAGAAUGACAACUCAAGAGGCAGAUAUGUCAAUGAAGAGGGCCUUUGCAGCAAUGGGAAAUUCAUUUGAUGAAGAGUUUGAGGGUGAUGAGACAGAAAAUCAGUCUCUUCUUGCACUAGAACAAGAAGAUGAUUAUGACUUUCUUGCCCUUGUAGCAGUGGAAACCAAGGAAGAAAAGGAAACCUGCAGAUCACAAGAAACUAUACUAGCACUCAUGGCUGGAUCAGAAUAUGAAGAUGAUGAAGAAGAUGACAAUCAAAGCAAGGUAAGUUUUCAUCACAUCAAAGUAAAUAUUGAAUCAUAUUCUAAAAAGGAACUAGAGUCCUUAUUGAGUACUCUUAUAGAUGCAUAUCAGUCUGUCAAUUCUGAAAGAGAACAAGUGAUGGAAAACUAUGCAUCUUUAAGAGAAGUCAAUGACAAUCUUGAGAAACACAAUCACUUUCUUCAAAAUAAAUUAAAAGAACAGAUUAAAACCUUAGAGUUAAGUCACAAGGGCAAAAACUCUGCUAGUGAACUUCAAUUAGCUCUAGAAGAAAAACUAAAAUUGUUAACCAUAAAAUAUCAAGCUUUAACAGAAAGGAAUAGGUUGUUACAAGAAAAUCUUGAUCAUACCAAACUGGAUCUGGAAAGAAAUCUUAGAUGGACCAGGUCCUCUGAAAUUUUAACUCAGAUUCAAGAAAAGCAAACAACUAGUCGAAGUGGGAUAGGUUUUAAAAAACAGAAUAAUCUUGUGUCACACACUAUUCACAUGUCUAAAAGUUUAUGCACUCAUUGUGGAAACUCAGGUCAUUUAAAGAAUCAAUGUAAAGCUUUAUUUGAGGCUUUUCAGGAAAAUGUUAAGUUCACCAAAAAGGAAAAGAUUGAUACGGCUAAGAACCUGGUUCGAAAUAAAAAUGCUCCAAAUAAAAGGUUUUCUUAUUUGCCUUUAUGGGCUAGAAGAAAUCUUAUUCAUCCUUUUACUCACAUAAAGGGGCCCAAGCUAAUCUGGGUUCCCAAGACUAAUCUUUGACUAGUGUUUCAGGUGAAGGUGAGAGGGAAAAGGCCAACUUGGUACAUGAAUAGUGCAUGCUCCAAAAUGGUGCUAAAAAUGGUAGAAAAUUCCUCUCGCUCUUUGAUUUUCAAGGAGGCAGUUUAUUCCUUGAAAAGGAUGAGAAAAAUGAAAAAAAAAGGGUUGAAGAAAGUGACAUGAUAUCAAACAUCUUUGAUGAUGCAAAUUUAGGGAACACUGCAUAUGAACCUGGUUCACAGCUAACAAUCAUUGAUGCACCUGCAACAUGAAUUACUACUUAUCUAUGGUUCUGGAGAUUGGGGGAAUAUUAGAGCAAUCGAGACAGUAAGAGUAUGACACACCUUUGGGGGAACUUUGUUGUGUGAACAUGGUCCUUGUUGUUCAUUGGAAGGUAUUAAAAAUUGACAAGGGUUGGUUCUCUGUGAAUCAGCUUGAGAUUCAUUUGAUCUGGGAGAAUAUGAUGAUGCGACAUUCUUGUGAAGGCCUUGAAUAUGAAGAACUUGAGAAAAAUCAGUCAAAGCAUGGUGUUAUCGAAACAAGUUGAUGCAUUAUCAUGAUUUUCUUUAAUAAUUGGCUAGUAAAAGAAUAAUCUUACGCUUGAGUAAUUAUACAAUGAAUAUCUGCUAACUCAACCUCGUACUGUAACAGGUACACACUCAAGUCACAUCUCAAACAAUGCUUAGAAAGUUUGCGGAUGUUAUCUCUACUCUUUGCUAACACCAUUAAGUAAAUCAUGAAGAAACACACAAAAAAAAGGGGGGAACCUGGUUUCUCUGUAAUACUCGGGUAUGUACCAUCCUUUUUCAUUGCAUUAAUUUCUUGAGUUUGGGUCAAACAUAAGCACUAAUGAACCUGGUCAAUCAUCAAAAAUUCAACUUUCUUAAAAAUCACCAAGAACCCUCUUUGACAAUAAGUAUCGUUCAAUCCCAAACUGCUCUAAUGACUAAAAUCUCAGUAUUGAAGUAACUCAUGCUUUAAUUUAGGGGGAACCUUGCUUUACCAUCCACAUCUGAACCAGCUUCAUAAACUCCAAAAUUGAUAUUUCAUCCAUUCCAAGUGUAUAACUUGUCUAUCUCUCAGGGGGAACAAUUCUCACAGAAAUAAAUUGUUGCUUGCUAUCAUUAUUGAUAAACACAUCUCUUUGUGCACCAAAAUGUGAUGAAUCUCUUACUGGUAGUUGGUACUCCUUCAAAGUUGUCAUCAAGAAAAAGGCUAU